AUGACUGGAAAAACUGGCGCCCCAAUCAGGGUCAAUAAAUGGGACGGACCAACUGUGAAGAAUACCUUGGAUGAUGCAGUGAAACAGAUAUUAAAUGACAAAAUCGGAUGGAAGGAAUACCAUUCGUUGAUGGAUGGACGGCUGCUCAUAUCGUUCAUUGCCGUUUCUUUUUCCGCAACAGCGAUCGUCUACGAUUACCUGUACCCCUUCCCGAAGUCCAAGAUAGUUCUUGCGGUCUGUUCCAUCACGUACUUCAUAUUGAUGGGUGUCCUACAGCUCUAUCAAUGGUACAUUGAAAAGCGUACGUUCUAUCAAGCUGAAGAAUCGGAUGGUAAGCAGAAACGGGUGUGGAAAUGGAGUUCAGAAUUGAAAAGUUACGACGACAAGUACACCCUUUCUGCCGAAUUCUCGAAGGAAUGGCGGUCUGGGCAAGGGAAGAUUACUAAGUCAAUUGGUGCUUACAUAAAUGAAGUUGGUGAGAUAGUCAUACCGUUGCUGAAGAAGGAUGUUGACCAUCUCUAUGAGAAUCUACUGAAGGGCGAGCAAUGA